AGAAUAUUUUACACUACUCCAACACUGAGUGCGACAUUUAUAGUGGUUUAAACAAUUUUGACAUUGUAAAUAUGAAUUAAACUGACAAAUGGAGUAUUCCAUGUGAUUUAUAUUAGUUGAUUUGUUGAAAAAUAUGUAAUUACAUUUAUAAGCAAAGCACGAUGUCGACUGGAUUAAAGUGCCGCAAUUGCAAUUCCAAUGAAAUCGAAGAAGACAAUGCGCGUGGUGACCGCGUGUGCAUGAAUUGCGGAUCUGUACUUGAGGAUUCACUCAUUGUAUCAGAGGUGCAAUUUGAAGAGGUGGGUCACGGUGCCGCCGCCAUUGGACAGUUUGUUUCUGCAGAGUCUUCGGGCGGUGCUACCAACUAUGGCUAUGGAAAAUUUCAAGUGGGUUCCGGCACAGAAUCGCGAGAAGUCACGAUCAAGAAAGCAAAGAAGGACAUCACACUGCUUUGCCAGCAGCUCCAGCUAACGCAGCACUAUGCAGAUACUGCACUUAAUUUCUUCAAGAUGGCCCUAAGUCGUCACUUAACCCGUGGCCGAAAGAGCACUCACAUCUAUGCAGCUUGCGUCUACAUGACAUGUCGCACUGAGGGCACUUCACAUCUACUCAUCGAUAUCAGCGAUGUGCAACAAAUUUGCUCGUACGAACUUGGACGCACCUAUCUGAAGUUGUCGCAUGCCUUGUGUAUUAACAUACCAUCUGUAGAUCCCUGUCUUUACAUUAUGCGCUUCGCAAAUCGACUUCAACUGGGUGCCAAGACCCAUGAAGUAUCAAUGACUGCGCUUCGCAUUGUGCAGCGUAUGAAAAAAGACUGCAUGCAUUCAGGACGUCGUCCAACAGGCCUUUGCGGAGCAGCUCUACUUAUUGCCGCCCGUAUGCAUGAGUUUAGUCGUACUUUAGCAGAUGUCAUUGGUGUGGUAAAGAUACAUGAGUCAACACUCCGCAAGCGUCUUUCCGAGUUUGCCGAAACACCCUCUGGCGGCUUGACUUUAGAGGAGUUUAUGACCGUCGACUUGGAACGUGAACAGGACCCGCCCUCAUUCAAAGCUGCACGCAUUAAAGAUCGCGAGCUUAUACAAAAUAUGGGCAUUCACGAGCUGACGGAGCUGCAAAAGCAAAUCGAUGCUCAUUUGGAAAAAGAUCUUGGUAAAUAUACUGGCAACAUUAUGCGCCAAUUGACAAAAAGUAAAGGUAAAAAAGAAGAAAAAGAUAACGUCACGGAUAAUGAACUCGAAAUAGAGGAUUCAAUGCAAUUCAUAGAGCAAUCGAAUGCCAAGGUGAUUAAAGAGUUUAUUGCAAACAAUACAGACGAUACUAAGCCCCAGGUGGGCAUGACAGCUGUUAUCGAAGGAUUGCGACCUGACAUUGAGGCAAUUUGUCGUGUCACGCAGCACGACCUCGAAGAUCUGGAACGGGCCAAGCAGCCAAUCGAAACUGAACUGUUCAUUGAUGAUUUGAAUGAUGAAGAGCUUGAUCAGUAUGUACUGACAGAGCAGGAGGCGGUAACUAAGUCAGAUAUGUGGAAAAAUUUGAACGCCGAGUAUUUGCGAGAGCAACAAGAGAGGGAGGAACGCUUAGCAAAGGAACGUGAGGAAGGCAAGCCCGAAAAGAAAAAACGAAAACAACGGAAAAAAGUUAUAGGGCCUUCCUCUAGUGCUGGCGAAGCAAUUGAGAAAAUGCUGCAGGAGAAGAAGAUCUCAAGUAAAAUUAAUUACGACAUACUAAAGACCCUUACAGAAGGUAUGGUCACGUUAUCUGAAGAGGCAGAGACUUCUUCUGAGCAGGCCAAGCCCAAAACAGAGAAGCUUGAGCGAGCAUCUGUUAUUUUAGAAGAAAGUCCCAUUGCAGGCAAUAGUCGCAGCAAAUCAACAUACGACAUACCCCCCGGACCUAGUCGAAAACGUCCGAAAGUCGAAGCGGCUUUAUCGGUCAGUCUUAUUGAGCAAGAAAUCGAGGAGAAACCCGCAGUAGCUGUGGAUGCAGAUGACAUUGACUACGAUGUCGAGCCGGAUGAUGUGGAUGCCGAUGCCGAUGCCGAGCCCGAAACAGAGGCUACAUUGCAGGACAUGCUCAACAAGGGUGCUGCGGAUGAAGACGAUGAUGAGUACGGUUACGGCUUCGAGGAGGAGGAAUAUUAGUUUUUACAAUGUACUAGGAACAGAUUUUUUUAUAUUUGCAUGCUCUUGUCACACAUACAACACAUUUACGCACAAAUAAUAUUACAAAAAACAGCUU